AAACCAGGAUUUGAAGUCAUGGGAAAUCCUUCGAAUAUUUUUACUGACUUUGAAAAUAAAUCUCAAGUUUAUAUGUGGAGAGAUUUCGUUAAAUUGGUAGCAACCAGAUAUAUUAAGAUGUUUGGUUUGGAUUAUGUUAAAACAUGGAAUUUUGAGAAUUGGAAUGAACCUAAUUGUCAGGAUUUUGAUAUGAAUAUAACACUUCAAGGUUUUGCCAACUAUUACGAUGCAACCAGUGAAGGGUUAAUGGCCACAAACCGUGACCUUAUUUUUGGUGGCCCAGGAGCGGGAUGUGAUGAUAUACUGUUAAAAUCUGGUCAUCAUGGAAAAUACGACGAGUUUAUACUCAACCAUGUGGUCAAUGGUAAAAAUUAUUUUACAGGAGAAACGGGAGUUAGAAUGGAUUUUAUUUCACUGCAUAGAAAGGGUAAUGGUAUAUCAAUGAAUAUUUUAUUGGAGGAAGUAGCCUCAAUGAAAGUAAUUAGUGAUAAAUAUCCUACGUUAGCCAAAAAACCUUUCUAUAAUGACGAAUCUGAUCCUAUGGUGGGAUGGAGUAAAGAUUUACCAUGGAGAGCUGAUGCCAUAUAUGGUGCUAUGGCUGUCAAGAUUAUUGCACAACAUCAGAAUAUUUUCAUUGCAAAUCCUGCCAAUCCUAUAAAUUAUCAGUUACUUAGUUACGACAAUGGAUUCCUUAGUUACUACCCACAUCAGUUUACACAGCGCACCCUACUGGCCAGAUUUCAGAUGAAUAAUACCAAAGUACCAUACACAACAUUUAUACAGAAACCUAUAUAUGGUACUCUGUGCAUGUUGUCCUUAUUAGGAGAUCAACAGGUUUUUGUUGGUACUGGUAGUGAUAAAGCAAUCAGAAAUGAUACAGAAACUGGAGCGUUAGCUACUAUACAUAUACCUGGUGAUAAUACAACAUCAGACAGUUGGCAGAUGUCGUUAUUAAUAUACGAUAGUGAUGAUUCGAAUCAUGGUACUAGUUAUGGAGAGUUAGAUUUAGAUUGGUAUAUUAAUCCACCAGAUCCUACACAAGAGUUGAUGUUAGUGGGGUAUAUUGUAAGUGGUUUAUCCAAUGAUCCGUAUGGAGUAUGGACAGGUUUAUAUAAUAAAACAGAUUAUCCUACACCAAAACAGUUUCAAUUUCUCAGAAUACAAGAGGGUGUGGGACGAGUUGCUUACCAACCAGUAAAACCAGGACCUGGGAAGGUUAUACUUCCACCAAGAUGGCAGAUCUUACAACCAGAAGCAACUCUUCUUCAUCUGUGUGCUAAACCUGUAGCAGUACCAGAACAGGUAACUGGCUUACGGUUUAUGACUAUAACAGUAGGACAAGUUCUAGUUAUAUGGUCAGAUGAAAAUAUCAAAUCAAAAUGUAUUUACACCUAUGAAGUUGGCUACUCACCUAACAACAGUACUGGACCAUUCCAACGUGUAAACAAUGUGGAUACCAUAGCAACCAUAUCUGUUAUAUCACCUCUUCCACAAAAUGGUACAAGUGGUGAUGAUUUGGUGAAAGGGUAUUAUGCUGUUCGAGCCAUAGAUUACUGGAAGAGACCAGGACCCUAUUCUCAACCUAAACUUUACUCUCCUUAAACUUUUGUUCCUGGACAUUCCUGGAAGAGACCUGGGGCCUGUUUCACGAAACUUUAACUAAAAUAAAAUCCACAUUUUAGUAAUUUGAUUGGAUAAAGUUAGAUUGAUUCUAGUGCUUAGUCAAUCAAAAUUGAAGUAUCUACUAAAAUUUGGAUUUUAUCUUUAGUUAAGAUUUCGAGAAACAGGGCCCAGGACCCUAUUCCCAACUAUACUAACCUUAAACUGCCACUUAAAGAUUAUAACCUUAAACUGAUUUAAACACUUUACCUCAUAAUAAAAUACAAUCUAAUUGAAACACAGACCCUAUUUUGUUUCGUUUUUUUAUAGUUCAAAAUUUCGUUUUACUUCUCUUUACUACACUAGGAUCUGGAAAAGUUGUUAUAUAAUGCGAGUUCUGGAUGAUGUAAGGGAUUAGCUAAUGAAAUGGUUUGUUACAGCGAGUUUUUGGUGUGAGGUGCACGGACGGAAUUGUGGGUAUCCCUCUAGAAACAUCACUGCUGAUUGAUUAAUGAAAUUGUAUGACCCCUGACACAAACUUCCACUACAACCGGUCAGAUCUUUAUGCCGUGUAGGCCAUCGAAAGUAUAAAAAAAACGAAACGAAAUAUAGAUGUAUUUUAAUCAGAUUGAAUAAAAUAUAAAAAAUAAGGUGCAACAGGAUUUUACAGGGUAUCAAUUGAUUUUUUGUUCUUGUUUUAAUUUUCUCACCUUUAUACACUCAUUAAAAAUGUAUAAUGUAAGAUUUAGACAAAGCGCUGACAGAUCUUGCUAUAAUAUUUUAAAAAUAGAUAAAUCAAAAUGAAUGUAUUGAAAAUUUUAUUCAUAUUAUUUUAUUAUGGGCAAAGUUAUGACUAUUUGAAGAUUUAGAGUUGAUCUUUUAUUAUCCUACCAACCAUACUUGACAACCUAGACUUAACCUCGAUUAUCCAUUUUAUUGUUCAAUUUUUUAAUCUUGCAGGUGUUUUAAUCCGUUUAAAUCUCCACCAUCCGAUGGUCUAGAGAGUUGAUUAUAGGCUUGUCAUGUGAAUAAAUGUCUAAAUAAUAGUUUAUAUAAGCCAAAAGAAAAACCUGCAAUAUCCAGAUUUAGUUCUUACAUAAUGUUUAAUAUCAGCCAUUACUGGAUUUCACAGGGUAAAUGGGUAUCCAUUGAUAAAAUUGGGUUGAAAUAGGCAAAGGGAGGGGGGGGGGUAAUUCUAGGCUAAUCCUAUUCCCCAAUCUUAAUAAUAAUAAUGUUUAAAAAAAAGUGUUGAUAUUGUUAAAAUUGAUGCAUUGAUUAUUUUCAUAAGAUGAAUUAGAAAUGAUUGAAUCAAGCUGAUUGUGUGGGAAUAACCAGCUCUGCCCAUUUAAUUACUUAACAGUUCAAACAUACAAAAAGCAGGGGAAUUAAUACGUUGAUUAAUGAAGGCUUAAACUGAAUGAAUCUGAACUAAUCGUUGUAGGAAUAACCUAAUUACUUUAAACAGACAAAAUCAGCAUGUACCUAGUCAGGAGGGGUGUGUAUCUGUAUCCACAUUUGAUUGGCUGUAAGAUAUUUUUAAUAUCCAGGGUUAAAUAAUGUUGGGUCGUAUGAUUAUCAGUUUGUCUAAGACCUUAUUUAGAAUAAAUAAUAUUUCGAUCAAUGUCCAUCUUAUUCAAGUUGGUUACCCUAACCAAAGAAUUCAUCGACAUCGAAUUACCACAAUUCGCCAAAUCACCUCUAGGUGCGAUUUGACGAUUCUUUGGGUGAUCAUGUGUUUUUUUCAACUAGCGCAUUAAACAAACUCAUACAAGUACUUUGACAUCGACUUUACUGUCACAUGCCAUAUCUACUAAAUACAAAUCGAUUUGUCAGUCGAUAAAAAAUCCUUUUAUUUUUACCUAUAUCUGAGUGGUCCG